ACGACGGCGCGCACGCGUUACGGAAACCGCGAAUCGAACAGAUCCGUGUUUUAUAAAAGACCUUAUAAAAAACCUGCGUGUGGUAAAAGACAUAAAUAGUAAAAGAACCGCGAUAAUUAAGACCCAAUAUAUUAUAAAGUAACCAAUAAAAGACCUUAACUGCAAAGGAUCUGUGAUUAAUAAAAGACCUAAAUUUUUGUUCGCAAUCCAAAUAAAAUAAUUUUUUUUCGAGUGCUUUUUAUCGUUGUGAUUUUGUGAAAUAGUUUUAUAAAAUCAAGAGAAUAUUUUUCUGGUGCAAUAACAUUAAGGGCGAUGAUUGGGUACAGGUGAAGAAAAAACUUCCUUAGACCUACAAUAUAAGAACAUCGGAACAAAAUGGACAAAGAAAAUGGAACGCCGCCAAUUCGCAGCAACUUAGACACAUACAGCUCAAAAAUCGAGCUUGCAUACAAUGGUUCCCGAGAAGACCUGGACCCUUACGUGCCAGCGGAUCACAGACCUUUGGAAUCCAACACAUCGAGUUUUGGAGCAUUGGCCCACUUGCUGAAGGCAUCUCUCGGUUCCGGAAUACUGGCGAUGCCUCUAGCCUUCAAGAAUGCCGGUCUCGUGGUCGGAGUGUUCGCAACUAUUAUAAUCGGCUUCGUUUGUGCACACGUUAUCCAUGUUCUAGUAAAAACCUCGCAGCAACUUUGCGUGGAAAUCAAAAAGCCUUCUCUGGGAUACGCAGACACCUGCGAUUUAGUGUUCCAAAACGGGCCAAAGCCUAUUAGAAAAUAUGCGCCCUAUGCCAGAGAAUUGGCCGAUUGGGCUUUGGCGGUGACGCAUUUAGGAGCUUGCUGCGUUUAUAUCGUCGUGGUUGCUGAGUCUUUUAAACAAGUGUCAGAUGUAUACGGAGGUCCCAGCUGGUCUGUGACUGUGUUCUGCGCUCUAACGCUUGUAAUAUUGCUGCCGUUGACGCAAAUCACUAAACUAAAGUAUUUAGUGCCGUUCUCAGCUUUAGCCAACUUCGUAUGGCUAACGUCCAUAUGUAUUUCGAUAUAUUACUGCCUGAGAGACCCCCCGCCUGCGUCAUCGAGGAAUUACGCUACGAGUAUAUCUGGACUACCCACGUUCAUAAGCACAAGUCUGUUCGCCAUGGAAGGCAUCGGAGUAGUCAUGCCAAUAGAGAAUGAAAUGACAAAACCCCAUCAGUUCCUGGGCUGUCCCGGAGUACUAAACAUCGCUAUGAGUGCUGUGGUCGCUCUGUACGCUUUUGUUGGGUUCUGCGGUUACCUAAGUUUCGGAGAAAACGUGAGAGGAAGUCUCACGUUAAACUUGCCUCAGGAUGAAAUCUUAGCGCAAGUGGCGAAGAUAAUGGUGGCGUGCGUGAUGGUGCUGUCGUACGCGCUGAUAUUCUACGUGCCCGUGGACGUGGUGUGGCGCCGCAUUCAGGACAAGGUGCCUCCCAGGGGGCACCGCUGGGGACUGGCGGCGCUGAGGUUUUUUGGAACCAUUUUCACAGUUGCCUUAGCCAGUGCGGUCCCUAGACUUGAACUAUUUAUGGAGCUAGUGGGUGCUGUAUGUCUGUCUAUAAUGGGCCUCUCGCUCCCCGCUAUCGUCGAAACCGUCUGGCUCUGGGGCAAAGACCUCGGCCCCUUCUACUGGAUCCUGUGGAAGAACUGCCUUAUAGUGUUAUUCUCCUUGGUAGCUCUUGUUUCCGGAGUAACGUUCUCCAUCAAGACAUUAGUGGAUAGUUUGUGAUAAACAUGGCUGUGUAUACCCCUCCUACAAGGGGUCCGGAUUCUAUGUUACAUUAUCAUUGUUAUCUUAAACCCUAAAACAGUCUAAAAGACAGGAUUAAUUAAAAGUAAAAACUUUAAAGACGCAAGAUUUUAUUUAAAUGCGCUUAAAAUAAGAAAAUGAACUUUUUUUUAAGAACUUCUACUAUCAUAAGUUGAUAGUAUACUCGUAUUUUAUUUUAUUAGUAAAUUGAAAUAGUUAAAAUCAAUCACAUCAAGUUAUUUCAUUUACUUGUUUAUCAACAUAAUUAAAUCUUGAUAUCUGCUUCACUAACAUAUACACAUUGCAAGUGAAAUAAGAGCUUCUUAAAAUUGACAAUAGAUUAUUGAUUUAUGAUAUAGCUACGUAUGGACUACGUGCAAAAUUAAAAAAGAGCAAACGAUCGUUCGUGCUCCACGGUACGUUAUGUACCAUGAAGUAUAUUAUGUACCUCGGGCUACGUUUCAAGUGUCUGAGGUGCUUAUAGCGAUAGGCAAAAACCUGGUAAGAUAUCGUGUCGUGUAAACGAAUUUAAAAUUUAAAUUAAAAUGAAAUCGUGUUAUUUUAAUUUGAAGUAACAGUUUUUUGAUAAUCAAUUGAUCAAUGAUAUCGAAUUUCUUAUCUUGUUUUAAAAAUUACAGCGCUUAAGUGAUAAUAGGUACGGAAUUUGUUGUUCUAAUUUAACAAUAUUCAGUAUACUUUGAACUAAAGUAUGCAAAUAUUUAAACUAAGCUAAGUUAAGAUCAUUUUAAUGAUGUUCGUUUUGUUUUUUUUUGUUUAUAUAGAUUCCAUGAAAUAACCACUUUUGUAUCCGACCGAUAUUUAGAUCGCAAUCCCGACUUGAACUUGACAUUAACUAUAUGAGACCGAAGUUACAAUAUUUAAGUGCAUACAUAGGUUACAACGUUUUCGCAUUAUUUGAUCCAACAUCAGUAUUCCAUAUUGGAGGCCGAUCCCACUUCUGAUGUUGAAUUGAGUAUUGACGGAACGCCUUUUUAUUGUUAAGUGCCUGUAUUAUAGUAAAACGCCAGAGAAAUAAAUUACUAUAAAUUCUU